UUAAUUUAAUUUAUUAUUUUUCCAUAGCUUUCAUAUUCGUGGCAUCUUGUUCUCUUGUUGUUCUCAAUGAGCUGAGCUGAAAUUCUGUGACUAUUGAUGCUCACCAAUAGUAGAAAAGAGGCAUAGGGAGCGGAUGCUCAUGGGAUGCUGCCUCUUCUCAUCAAGAUGUUCCUCAAGCCAUUCAGAGUAAAAUCCAACUCACAGAUCAAGGGAUCUGACAGGAAGAAGCUGAGGAGUCAGAUAGCAGCUGCCUUCCCUGUUCUCACCACAGAGGCCUGUGCAGAGCUGAUCCCCACCAAGGAGGAGGUCUCCGUGUCACGUCUGGUGACCCACGGGGGCGACUCUGUGGUCUGCUACCUCACCGGCCGGGACCCGGUGCUGCUGGACAUCGGCGGCCGCCUGAUGCCCACCGUUUACACACUGUGGCGCCACCCGGACCUGCUCUAUGCCUUCACCACGUACGCUCCGGUGGUGCAGAAGCUGCGUGGCGGCGCCGACCUCAUGCUACCGGGCGUUAUCGUCCGAGAGAAGGACUGCGGAGCGCGGGCGUUCGGGAAACUCGAUAAAGGACAGCCUGUGGCCGUGAACACUGAGAUUAACCGCGCGCCGGUGGCGGUGGGCUGGGCGGCGCGCGACAGUCAGGACCUGUACAUGUCCGGCGGCAGGGGAAAGGCGGUGCUGAUGGUACACGUGGUGGGGGACCUACUCUGGGAAAUGGGCACCCGCAGACAGCCGCCCGAGCUGGGCGCGCCCGGCGGGGAGCCCGAGGAGGAGUGGGGAGAUGACGUCGAGGAUGGGAAGGCGGACGGGGGAACAGCGGACGGUGAGGGUGGAACUGGAGACGGCACAGCGGCUGGGGACGGGCCGGCGGGCGCGGGGGAGGCUGGGGAAGGGCCUGCGGAGGGAGAUGACGCGGAGGGGACGACGACGCUCAGCUUCCAGAACCUUCGUGUGGAGGACGAUGACGAGAACCCGCCGGCCGCUACCGAGCCCGAGCCUGCCCCGGAGCCGCCGACGCCCGCCAGUAUGGACGACCUCUUGUACGACGCCUUCCGACAGGCGUGGCGCACCACUGCCAAACGUAUCGAACUUCCCGUGCUCGUAUCAAACUUCUACGCUCAACACAUGCAGCCCAACAGUCAACGGCCACUCGACGUCAAAAAGUCCUCCUACAAGAAGAUCUCAAAGUUCCUAGAGAAGAUGCAGAAGGACGGUUUGGUGCAGGUGAAGGAACUCUCCAAAGGAGUGCAGAGCAUUGUCUCUGUACGGUUGGAUCACCCGGAGAUCCGCUCCUACAAGGUACAGGAGAUUUGCCGGGACGAGUCGCCGGAGCCGGAGCCCGACUCGGCCGGCCCCAGCAGGUCCAAGGCUAUUGAGCGGGUGGAGGAGCUGUACAUUGUCAGCGGCAAUGUGGCGGCCGUGUUCAAGGAGCUGAAGAUCGCCAAGGGCACUCCGCUGUCUGCGCAAGAGGUCCGGAAACACCUGACGCAGUACGUCAAGAACAAGGAGCUGCAGAAUCAAAACAACAAAACCUUGGUACAACUGGACCCGACACUGGCCUCGUGUCUGACCAACAAGUCGGAGGGUCUGGUGGAAUCGCUGCGCUGGGACGAGCUGCACCAGCGCUGUAUGCAGCGCAUGUCGCCCGGCCACGUGGUGUUGUUCAAAGGCGAGCCGCCGGUGGUGAAGAAAGGAGCCGUGCCCAGCGUGGAGCUCAACACGGCGACACGGUCGGGAAAUAAAAAGAUCACGAUGGUGCUGAACCUGCCCGUGUUCGGUAUCGACCCGGCCGAGUUCGCUCACCGCUGCCAGGUCGGUGUGGCGGCCAGCACCAGCGUAGGAGAGGCGCCCAACCGGCCGCCCGGCACCAGUCAGGUCAUGGUACAGGGUAACCAGAUCCGCUUCAUCGGAAAACUGCUCCAAGAGGACUACAAAGUGCCAAAGAAGUAUAUAAAAGGACUGGAAAAGGCGCCUAAGAAAUGAAUCGUUUCGAGGAACGGCUUUCAACUUGUUUUGUUGUUGACGUGGACCCUUGUGAUAUUUUUCUUAUACGGGAAAUGUAAAGGCACCGCUGGUUUUAAACGUGACAAUACAGUAAAUAUAUGUGCUGCUU